AAACGAUUUUGAGUAAAUUCAACUAGUAGAUUAUCGGUAGAUCCAGAUCAAUUUCAAAGAGUGAACUUAAUUUGCAUCUGCGAGGUCGGUACACAGAAACGAAACACUAGGGUUUCAACAAACAUAUCAUCAAAAGCAGAACCCGAGACGAUACACGGGUAAAGGUACACACACGGAUUAACUGGGCAGAAAAAGAAACAAUCCGAGAUUCACCAUGCUUUCGGGAACGUUGAAAGACCGAUUGGCACAAUACAAGACCCUGAAGGAGGAGGAGGAGAGGAAGGCUGCAUCAGCUGCCGGGACAUCUCCACCAGAUCCACCAAACACAAAUGCGGCACCGGGUAAGUACAAUUUCGAAAUCAUUCUGAAAAAAGAACUUUUUAGACGUGAAUAUUUACUAGGAUUAUUUUGGACGAGUGCUCAAUUUCCAACAACGUUGCAAACAAUUCUCGCCCCCGAUUUCUAGACGAAUCGUGGGUUCCAAAAGGGCAGGACACAGAUAUCGAAAUUGUCGAAGAAUAUGUGGAAGAAAUCAUCGAAGACAGUGAAAGCUAUGAAGACGUCUCAGUGCAAGAAGCUGAUGGAGAUAAGUCUCAAAACAAAGCAGAUCGUGACCAGGAUGUUUUCCUAGCCCUCGACGAAGCGGAAAGAGCGGAAGAAUCGAAGAUGCCGAAGCAAACGCAAGGAAAGAACGAGUCAAGCAGCGGCAAGCAAACAUGUAUCAUUCUCCUCCUUCUUUUUGUUACGUGCGGUGCUAUUGUUGCGAUUCUUCUUCCUUUUUUCAUCGAGUACCCCCAGCUUCUACAGUCAACAACAAAUGGAGCCCCGCAGCCUCCUGGUACACCUUUACAGACUGUAGUUCCAACAGUUUCGCCCACAAUGACACCAACAACACUAAGGUGGGGACAGUUUAUGAAGACUUUUCUCAUUCCAAUUUCUGGCGAGGAAGUUUUUCAGAAUGAAGCGUCACCUCAGUACCGCGCGGCGAAAUUCGUUUUGGACGAUCCAUACACAGACGAACUUACAACGAGUGAGCAGCUAGAAGAGAGAUACGCAAGUGCUGUGUUCUACUUUUCCACAAACGGUGGAGAUUGGGACUCAUGUUCGUUGAAUGAUAACGAGUGCAAAAGCGGUCGAUGGCUAGUAGGUGAUGUUUGUGGCUGGUAUGCUGUGACGUGCAACGGCUACGGCAUGGUGACGUCGUUUGAUUUUGGUACGUAUAUUUUUCCAUUUACGACUUAAAUCGAAGUGGCGGUUUUUCUCAUUUUUUUCAAAUUUCACGGAUCACCUUAACUUUCUAUUGUAUUGUAUACGUGAUCAUCUUAUCUUUUCCCUUAGCUGAUGCUGAUGGAAAUGGGCUCGUAGGCUCUCUCCCAGCGGAAAUGUACCUGUUUUCCGAACUGACUGAUCUCAUCAUUGUCAACAACACAAUUACAGGCACUCUCCCUGAGGCUUUUGGUAUGAAUGCGACAUCGAUGCGAUCGCUACUACUUCCCGACAAUGAACUCAAAGGCAGUAUACCUGAAAAUUAUCUUAGCAAUAGCCCUCUCGAGUUCGUCCACCUUGGCGGCAAUUCAUUCUCUGGACCGGUUCCAAAAAACAUUGGGGAUGCAUCGUAUCUUCAACAAUUGGAUCUUAGUAGCAACGCAAUAACAGGGUUCCUGCCAGAAAAUUACAGCAGGUACACAGCGCUUGAGGCGCUAUCUUUUGCCCACAACGAACUCAAGGGUACGAUUCCAGAGGAUAUAUAUGGUAUGGCCAACCUCAAGUUUUUGCAUUUGAAUGGAAACGAGUUGGACGGAACUAUCUCUACCUCAGUGGGUGAUCUUUCGUCCUUGAAAGAGCUUCGUGUGGGCCAAUCAAAUCUCUCUGGAAAUAUCCCGGACGAGCUUUAUUUUCUCACCAACCUAGUUGAAUUGGAUAUUAGUGGUGCUCAAUUCGAUGGUAGACUCUCACUUGGGCUUUUGAACCUAGGCAAUCUCGAAAAACUCAUCGUCAAUAAUAAUAAUCUUGUUGGAACCGUACCAAAUAGUUUUGGACGAAUCAAGACUUUGACGGACGUGUCUCUACAAGGGAAUAAUCUUUCUGGAAGUGUACCAGAAAGUGUUUGUUGGUUACGUGAAGAAAACCUUGAGGUGUUGACAGCUGACUGCGAAGAGCUGAUAUGCAAUUGUUGUUCUGCAUGUUUUUAAGGUACUAGUUUGGUUUCGUGCCAAUAUGAUGUGAAGAAAGAAGAUAGAGUUUCGAAAGACUUUUUUCUAUCACGUUGAGGCCUCGAUACUCUUAGUCAGAAGAGUGCAGUACAGUCAGAAAUUUGUUUCAGAUGUCCCAAAUAAAGUAAUAAUAAUAUU